GGGAAAGUCACCGCCCACCCGCACACUAAACAACAAAGAUGGAGUUGUGAACUGGUAGCAUGUUAGCAUCCACAUGACGUUCAUUUUUACUUGUUGGUGUAAUUACAGAUACAAGGGUGGAAAUCCUCGGCUGAUUGAAGCGGCAUCAUGCGAUUGUACCGAAGUCACACAUAGUUUAGGUUUUGUAGAAGUCGUGAGAAGCUGUCGAGCUUAAACGUCUUGGUAUCUUAGCUACGACAAAACAACAGGGCUUAGUAGCUAACGUUACCUCGCUUAGCUAAGUCACGUCUGCUCGUUUUCACUCCAGCUAACGAGAUAAGAGCGUGACUCGGACAGAAAUGGAGAAGUCCGAUUUCCUGAAAGGACUGCCCGUCUACAACAAAACUAACUUCAGCAGGUUCCAUGCGGACUCGCUAUGCAAAGCGUCAAACCGUCGACCAUCUGUGUAUCUUCCAACACGGGAAUAUCCAUCAGAGCAGAUCAUUGUCACAGAGAAAACUAACAUCCUUUUGCGAUACCUUCAUCAACAAUGGGACAAAAAGAAUUCAGCAAAAAAACGAGAACAAGGAGAAGUGGAGAGCACGGCACCUCCACGCAAAAUUGCCAGAACAGACAGUCGGGAGCUGAAUGAGGAUUCGUGAAUUGCUGUGCAGCGGAUGCGCUCAGAGCAGAGACUGACCCAAUAAACCAAAUGUAAACACAGUCGAAGGCCGUGGCACUGAAGCACACAGGGAUCAACACUCUACAGACCAUACUCGGCAUGAAAUCAUUCCUCUUCAACCAACGUCCUUUGAUUGACAUUUUACACAGUAUUUUCUUGUGUUCCAAGAAACCUCUGCCUUUUAAUUUAGUCUUUUGUGGUUUAAAAAUAACAUCUACCUCCCGAUUCCUCAUUCCUUCUGAUUAUCCCUUGACUUUAGCACCCACAGCUUUCUUUUUAAAUAUGUAGCUCCUUAGUGGAGGGUUUUCAGCUAUAUUUAUUCAUAGCUUUUCUGAAGAUUUAUACAUAUUAAUGACAGUG